AAAUUUCAUGGCCUUCAUUUAAUUUAACGAACAGUUCGAAGAGGAGGCUUAUCGUAUGCUCUUUUUGCUACUGAAUCACAGCCAAGAGAAAUUUGCGUGGGAAAUUUCCACAUUUGCUUUGAGGUUCUUGCAUUACAGCACACUAUGGGAAUCAAAUUGAUUUUGCUGAUGUCAGUAGUCAGUGGUGCCAUUGUUGUCAGGACUGCCCUUGAAGAGCCUGGUCGUGUGCAAAGUCUAUUAAAUGACAGAGGCGGAACUGACGAUGCGACCAAGAGAAGUGUGUUAAAUUUUGGUUGGAUGAUAUAUAAAGUUACUAGAAGAAAUCCCUUGGAUUUCAAUGGUUAUGGUUGCUGGUGUGGGUAUGGCGGGAAGGGAGACCCAGUGGAUGUUUUGGACAGGUGUUGCUACGUCCAUGACAUGUGUUAUAACAAACUCCAGUCCGACGUGUGUCCAUUUAAGGCAGCCGUGUAUACUCUGUCAUAUUCAACUGAGAGAGGGAGACCUUUGGAUUGUAAACGGCCUUCCUCGUAUUGGUACUGGGGCAAGUGUCGUUAUUUGUUGUGCAGAUGUGAUGCCGUGGCGGUCAGAUGCUUUGCAAAGAGUCGUUAUAAUCGGAAGUAUAAAAACUACCCGCAGAAGAAAUGCUAGAAAGACACAAGUUGUGUACAGUUGGAAGAAAAACACUUCAUUGUUCUAUGAUUGACAGAAAGAGCUUUAACACUUCAUCGUUGCUCUUCUAGAGCUGGUUCUAAUAAAAAUAAACGCCGAGACGAUAUCCUUCUUCAGA